GUUUCAACAGCAGAGAUUACGUAGACUACUAUAAUGGGAGUUAUAACGAUGACUACAAUUACAGCGGUUGUUGCUCGUCCCCACCGUGUGAUUUCUCUCCCUACCAGAUGUUUUCCGGGAGUUUUCUGCCUCCGCUCUAUGCCCUGAUUUUCCUUCUGGGUUUAGGAGGCAACGCGGUGGUCGUCGCUGUCUUGCUCCUUGACAGGGUCCCCCUGCCUGGGACCGACAUCUUCAUCUUCAACCUGGCCAUUGCAGACAUUCUUCUGGUGUUGACUCUUCCUUUCUGGGCUGCCCAGUCUGUGCUCGGUUGGAUCUUCAAGGACUUCCUGUGCAAGGUCAUCGGCAGCAUCCUCAAGAUCAACUUCUACGCCAGUAUCAUCUUCCUGAUUUGCAUCAGCUUUGAACGGUACCUCUCCAUUGUUUAUGUGAUACGCAUGUACAACAGGAACAAGCGGUUCCUGGCCAUCUAUACCACCUUGGCGGUCUGGCUCACUUGUUUCCUUCUCACAGUGCCAGACUUCGUAUACUUACGGGCCGAGUUUGAUUCUCGUCUCAAUAUUACUUCAUGUUCUCUCAGUUUCCCCCCUCAUGCAACCAAGACCUGGAAAAUCUCCCUAAUCAUCCUCAAUCAAGUAAUAGCUUUCUUGCUCCCUUUGAUGGCUAUGAUCUAUUGCUACUGUCACAUCAUCCUCACCCUCCUGCGCUCCAAAGGCUUCCAGAGACAGAAGGCCCUCAAGGUUAUCUUGGCAGUGGUGAUUGCCUUCUUUCUCUCCUGGUCACCCUACCAUUUCGUUCAGUUCAUCACAAACUUGCUCCAGCUGGGGGUUCUUGAGAAGGAUUGCCAGUGGGAGGAGAAACUGGACAUAGCUGAGACCAUCACCACGAGUUUAGGCUUCUUUCAUUGUUGCCUCAACCCACUGCUCUACGCCUUCAUUGGGGUCAAGUUUCGAACCAAGCUCCUCAUAGUGUUGGGGAGACUUGGCUGCAUCAGUCAGAACUUCCUGAAGAGGCAUUUCAGGUUGUUGAAUCACCAGAAAGAGUCAACUUGGUCUGAAAGCACAGAGGGCUCCUACUCAGGAUUCUAGGAGGCCCAUGGCCAUAAGGAUACCACUGCCAUCCCAGAAUCCUCCUCUUGAUCCUUCUCAAGCAGAGUUGAAACUGGCAUAUCUAGCAUCAAGAUCUAGCAUCAAGAUUCCUCUGUGGAUCAAAAUAUUAGUGGCUAAACUGAAAGAAUUUGGUGCAUUAGCAGGUUUACGGUCGAAUAAACAGAAGAAAAGAGGUUAAUGAAAGGUAGGAAAAUAAAAGAACAAACAGAACCGAUGAACAAAACGGAUUUUAAGGUUGAAAAGAAGGUAGAAUAUUCGGGUAUCACUUUGACAAAUAUGAGUUAUUUCAAAAUAAUUAUG